AUGACCAAGCAGCAGUCUACCUUUGUAGUCAAGUACCUGACGGGCAACGGACGCGUUGGCAUCAUCCGUCCAAUUCUUCACUUGAAGGAAGCUCAGUACACAAACGAGAUUGUCACUUUUGAAGACGUUGCCGCUCACCGCGCCGAUUAUCCCUUUGGUCACAUCCCAAUGUUGAUCGAGACCAAACCCGACGGCACCAAGUUUGAGCUCGGCGAAUCUCUUGCCAUCGAGCAAUACCUUGCAGAAAAGUUCGAUCUCCUCGGUGCAACGCCCGAAGAAAACGCCAUCCAAAAAUCCAUCGCCCUCAACAUCUACUUUGAGAUUUACGCCCACUGUUUCGCGGGCAAGAUCCCCAUCCAAGAAGCCGUCGCCGAUCCCAACUCUGAAUUCCUCUCCAAGGCUUUGCCACAGUUCUUGGCAUGCCAUGAACGGUGGUUGAACAAGAACGGGAACAAUGGACAUUAUUUCGGCGACAAGUUAACUUACCCGGAUCUUGUGUUGUUGCAUUGGUGCAGGAUGAUGCAGGGGCUGGGUGUCAAGUUGAAUGAGAACAGUCCGGUGAAGAAGUUAGAGAAUACCUUGAAGGAGAUGGAGGAGUGGAAGGGGAUGUAUGAUACCUUCCACCCCUUUGGCUCCGUUUAG